UUUUAUUUUUUAUUACAGCAUGUGUCUAGAUGUGUUUAUAUAGUUUUUCUUAAAAAGUAAUGGUGGUUACUUUGAUUUUUACUACAAAUUCCCAGUUAAAGGUGCUGUAAGCAACUUUUACAGCUAUGGUAGGCUACCAUGUAACAUACACGGGUGUGAAAUUGAAUUACCUUAUCAUUCCAUAAGAAAUUAAUAGUAAUUUUGCAACCUGUUUAUAAAUCAUUACCAAUCAUAUGAAAUGAAGACUCCAGUAAUAUUGGUAACCUAAUAAAUGCGCUUUUAUUCUAUAUGGAGAGGGUCCCCUUAUAGGGACAGCCAUGUUGCGAUCACAUGACCAUCCGAAUACUACUUACUUAAAGGGUAACUAAACCCUAAACCAACUUUUUUUAGUUAAUGAUCUGUAAGCAUGGGGCUUUAUUAGUACUGGUCAUUGAUUCAAGUAAUUUUUUUGACAUUUGUGUAUAAAGUGUUUUAAUUCUACAAUAUAUGGUGUAAAAACGUCUGAGUGCUGCCCUCUUCAGGUUGAACGGUGGCUACUGCAGUUGAAUUUUCCUAUUGGCUGUUGCGGUACUUCGUGACGUAAGCGGUGACAGCUGACGUAAGCAGGUUCCAGCUCACCACGCCAGAUUCAUGUACAUGUCGUCUUGCGACCGUGUGAGGAAUAAUAAUAACAUAGAGUCUGACAGCAGCUGUCAAUUAAUCCGUCACUACGAGUCUCAGGUCCCCCCCGCUCAGCCCCGCAUUCGGUUCGUUCCCUCUAUCCCCGCCGGGGUCUGCCCACUUUUCCAGCAUUUUCAAAUAUUUCUAGUGGGUGGAGUCAGACUCUGAGCAGGUGUUUAGUUACCCUUUAAUCUCAGUAACUGCCCUGUUAUUGGACACUUUCACUCAUGGAUUAAAUUAUUCAUGGCAUAAGUACUUGAAAAAUUUUGCAUUUGAAUGAUACUGCAUCUAGACCCCUAAAUGUGAGAUUGUAUGUCUAAGACGGCAUAUUAAAAAAAUACUGAGUGUACCUUUAAACUGUGGUUACUAUACAAGCACUUUUAGUCAAUUUUAGUAAUUACCAAGGGUUGUUCCAGCCAGUUGUGUAGCUUUCUUGUUCACAGUCAAAUGUAAAUGCUUGUUACAUUUAAUAGAUUGUUUGAAGUGUGCAGGGAGAAAAUGGAAGCAGCUCUGUCAGCCCUGCCAUGGGUACCAGUUUGUAUCGGUGGUUCUGAUCUGCUGGCCAAAGCCUGGUUUGGUGACACACAGUACUGGGUUCUGCUGAGUGAUCUGAGCAGUGUGUGGGAAGAGGAGAUGAAUGCAGACGACAUCCAGAGACGAGCACAGGAUCUGAAUAAGCGUCUCAGGGCUCCCACACAGGCUUUUUUUGCUCAUCUGUGCUCAGUGGCACGGCCUUGCCUCUCCAGCCAAGGUAAUGACCAGACCUCUGCUGCACACAUGUCCCUUGAGCGUCACGGCGACAAUUUAACAGUCAGGCUCAAAAGUGAACUGGCCGGGUUGCCAUUCUACUGGGAGUUCUGCUGCACCCAAACACCUGUAGCCACGGUUUGCAGGCAGCUGGUGCGCCCCCUCCUGGCAGUGAGUAGAGUUUUGCAGCGGCAAGUGGAAGAUUUGGCAGCUCUUCUGGGCAGAAAGGAUGCAGAGAUACAGGAUUAUCAGGAAAAUGGAGCUGUGCUCAGUAGAGCCAGACUGCAAACAGAGCCAUUUGAGGUGAACCGAUACAGGGAGAACUUCUUCAGACAGACUAUUCCACAGAUGGCUGUGCCGCUAGUUGGUUUGGAUUUUUACUCAGAGUUACAGGACCUAUUCCUGGCCGUGAGCUCGGGGAAUGCUCCGCAGAAACGUAAAUGCUCUGCUGAUAGCAGCCCCACUGCAGAGGACAACCACGUCCCUGGGCCUGAACAUCAACAAACCAGUGAUGUUCCCACAGGUGUGGAGUCUUUAAUUGCUUCUAAAGAACAGAAUGAUGUCAAAAAAUCAUCAGGAAGAACACAGGAAGCUGACAGUGAACAGACUGUUCCACUAAUAUCUACUGCUGCUGCUGCUGGUUCUGAGGAACGUGCCUCCUCUCGGCCGAAGAAGAAGAAAGCUGUGGGGCUCUUCCGGUGACCAUUCAAACCUCUGAUGCUGGAGUAAUACAAAUCAUGGACACUUUAAUAUUCUGAAUGCUAUAAACAUUUUUAAUUUGUAUUCUUUUUUUUUUUUUUAUGUUGGAUUUUAGUUGUUUUAGACAUGUUAUUAAUGUUUUUUAUUCUGUAUUACCUUUUUAAAAUUUGUGCCUUAACAAUAAUAAUAAUAAAAACAAAUAGCUGUCUUUAAUAGAAGUUCUCUAGUUUAUUGGUGAGGUGUUAAUCAAGCAUUUACCAGCAGGAUGCGAAAAAACAACAUAUGGCGAACUGAUCUCAACUUUUACAUAAAUGUCUUCAGUAUUGUCUGUACAACCAUUGACAGACUACUGUGCUUGUGUCUGUUGAAAGAACUACCACUUUUUUUGCCUGGUAGUCUAUGUUGUGAUAUAAUUAAUUUCAGAUGCUUUACCCCAAAAAUUUACAU